AUGUACCAGGAUCGCUGCAUUUUCUUUUCAAAAAUGGGCGCUUGUCGCCAUGGUGAUAACUGCACUAAAGUACAUGUGCGCCCAACUGCGUCACCGACUGUACUUUUUCCAAUGAUGUACCCAAAUCCAAUGGCGGUUGAACACAUCCAGGACAGACAGUGGGAUUUUCAAUUUGAGCGAAAGUACUUAAAACGACACUUUGAACAUUUUUACAAGAAGAUUUGGCGUACCUUUAUGGAACUUGGAAAAAUUGCGGAAUUACGCGUUGUGAGUAACCUUGGAGAUCAUCUUCUUGGGAAUGUGUAUAUUCGCUUCGAAGAUCCCGCUGAUGCCGCCAAUAUUGUUCGUGAAUUGAAAGCUAAGAAAUUAAAUGAAAUCAUUAUUCUCCCAGAACUGAGUCCUGUCACCAAUUUCACAGAUGCUUGCUGUAAAGAAGACCUCGAGGGAAAAUGUGGUCGUGGUCCACAGUGUAACUAUUUACACAUCAUAAAGGUCUCCCGCAAGCUGAUGGAUAAGCUGGAGAAGGAACAGGCCAAGUACUGGAAGAAGAAGGAGAAACAUAGCAGCAGCAGUGAUCGUAAGCGAGAUCGUUCAAAGGAACGUGGAAGAGACCGAUCAAAGUCGCCAAGGCCGUAUGCAAAUGAUUUGUGCCACAUCUGCGGUAAGACGGGCCACAUUUCUCGUGACUGCCCGUUGAAGUAA